UUAUUAUGUUCCAUAGUUUCAUCCCAGGGUGCAAAUUAAGGCUGUUCCAGUCUCUCAUUAUCCCAUGCUAAUUAAGAGCCAUUGAUAAACAUGUGACUAUGCUAAUGAAGGUCGUUAGAGAACAAGAACUCAUCAGUCUUCCUUUACAUAUUGUGGGGAAACCUUUUUCCCAAAACAAAGGCACGGCCCAUAGUUGUUUGUUGUAAGUAGUUGAAGCAGAUCCAGGCUUGGGGGGAUCCAAAAUGGGAUAAAAAGGUGUGAGAAUGAGAGGUGAGUUAGUUUGGGGAAGAGACGUGUGGGUACAGGAGCUCUGCAGGCUAAUGAGGAGACUCUGCCCAAGGACAGAGAUUCCUGAUUCUUUGGAUAAAGACAAGAGACCAUUAGACUGUGCAAUUUCUCCAACACCAGCAAAUCCUCCCAUUGGAAAGAUAAAUCUGUAUCAGACUCAGACUUUAGUGCAAUGAGCCUUCCCAACUGCCAGAAGGAACUUCCAUCGGUGGAACAACAAUAUGAUUGUGCAGAAUGUGGGAAAACAUUCUCAAAAAAAUUCUGCUUUCAGCGUCACCAGAGACUUCACACAGGGGAGAAACCUUACGCAUGUACAGAAUGUGGGAAAGGCUUCUCUCUAAAGAGUCACCUAGUCCGACAUGAGACCGUUCACACGGGAAUAAGACAGUUUAUCUGUACGGAAUGUGGAAAAAGCUUCUCCCAGAGCUGCCACCUGCGGGGACACUACAAGAUUCACACGGGCGAGAAAUCAUUUGCUUGUGGGGAUUGUGGGAAAUGGUUCCUUUCCAAGAGCCAACUUACCAAACAUCACAGAAUUCACACAGAGGAGAAAUCUUAUCCGUGUUCAGAAUGUGGGGAAAGUUUCCAGUUAUUGUGUGUCCUUAGAAAACAUCACAGGAUUCACACAGGAGAGAAACCUUUCACAUGCGUCGAAUGUGGGAAACGUUUCGCUCGUAAGGCUCAUCUGGAGCAACAUCUACGGAUUCACUCGCACAAAAUGGUUUCCCAUGUACUGACUGUGGCACAGUUUUGUCUUCAACGAAAAUCUUCACCAAACGACAGAGACUUGAUACACAAGGAACUGGAACUUGUACAGAAUGGGGGAAACAACAUCAUAUAAUCCGCACACGAGAGAGAACUUCACUUGGACUUUUCAUCUUCUCCACCAGACAAGUCCUACAAGAGAUACAGUCACUUAAUUCUCCUCCAGACUCUCCCAGGUCCACAUUAUCCAUUAAUGAAAACUUACCCUCCAACAACAGACAUUGCCAUUGAUUUCUUCUCUCCUCACAGACCCCGUGUGACAUCAAACUCACACACGAUGGGAUUAUUUGUAUUUUAUUCAUUGUGUUUUUGUCUCAUAAACUUUAUUAAGUCAUGUUUGUUCAUAUGUUUUAGCAACUGUUGUACAGAGCUUUGAUAAUUAUCUGUGAUCUACAUUUAACCAUUUAAGUUUAAGCAUUUUGUUCAGUUUAACAUGGUUUUUUUUUUGUAGGAAAACCUCCAUGAAACUAGGGAAAUGGUAUUUUGUUUUUUCAUUACAAAUUGGGCUGUGACAGGUGUCAUUUUGCAAUCAUUCUGGAGAUGUGAUUCGUAUUUUGGGUGAAAUGUAAACAAAAAUAAAGUUAUUUGUAUUUUUGUA